CCGGGGGCUCUGGCAGCCUGACCUCCCCUUGUUUGGGUGGCGUGGGGAGAAGGUGCCGCUCACAGAAUGACGGACUCCAGGUGAGGAGGGUUCCCGGCUGCACCCUGACGAACGGUGCCUGCACCCCUCCCUCCCCCCACCCGUCGGUCGGUUCGCCCGGCGGUGACUGAGCCCGGCCCUGCUCGACCCCGCGAGCCCCUGGGGAGUCAACGGGAAGCUCCGGUGUGGGCCGCGCGCAUCCUGCCCUGCCUCACGAGGGAUUCUAGUACCUAAUGUCAGAAGAAAGUGACUCUCUGAGAACCAGCCCUUCUGCGGCCUCACUUUCCGAAAAUGAGCUGCCACCAGCACCGGAGCCUCCUGGCUAUGUGUGCUCACUGACGGAAGAACUGGUCACCAAGGCCAGGGAAGAGCUGCAGGAGAAGCCAGAAUGGAGACUGCGAGAUGUCCAGGCCCUCCGUGACAUGGUGCGGAAAGAGUACCCAAACCUGCGCACCUCUCUGGAUGAUGCCUUCCUGCUGCGCUUCCUCCGAGCCCGCAAGUUUGAUUAUGACCGGGCCCUGCAGCUCCUGAUCAACUACCACAGCUGCAGGAGAAGCUGGCCCGAAGUCUUCAAUAACCUGAAGCCUUCGGCCUUAAAAGAUGUCCUCGCUUCAGGAUUCCUCACCGUGCUGCCCCACACUGACCCCCGGGGAUGUCAUAUCCUCUGCAUCCGCCCAGACAGAUGGAUACCGAGCAACUAUCCAAUUACUGAAAACAUCCGAGCCAUAUACUUGACAUUAGAAAAACUCAUUCAGUCUGAAGAAACCCAAGUGAAUGGAAUUGUAAUUCUUGCAGACUACAAAGGAGUGAGCUUAUCAAAAGCAUCUCACUUUGGCCCUUUUAUAGCCAAAAAAGUGAUUGGCAUCCUUCAGGAUGGUUUCCCCAUUCGGAUAAAAGCAGUCCAUGUAGUGAAUGAACCUCGAAUAUUUAAAGGCAUUUUUGCCAUAAUAAAACCAUUUCUGAAGGAGAAAAUAGCAAACAGAUUUUUCCUCCACGGAUCUGACCUGAACUCUCUCCACACAAACCUUCCAAAAAGCAUUCUCCCCAAGGAAUAUGGGGGCAUGGCUGGUGAGCUGGACAUCACUGCCUGGAACACAGUGCUGCUGGCCUCGGAGGAGGACUUUGUGAGAGAGUUCUGCCAACCUGUGCCUGCCUGCGACAGCAUCCUGGGCCGGGCCCUGCUGCCUGAGGGGCUGACCUCGGAUGCGCAGUGUGAUGACUCCAUGCGGGCUGUGAAAUCACAGCUGUACUGCUAUUAGCCACUCCCUUGUGAGUGUCACCAUCUUUAAAUCCUUUCGUUUUUUUCCUCUGGGGAGGCACAAGGAUUCAUUCUUGCUCCUUGUACUUAAGCUGCAGCGUGGAGGAAAAGCCUGUUGUGCUCCGAGGGUGAGCCGAGGGGUUCGCCCUUGGUUACUUGAAUUAGUCCGUAGAAGACACGGAAGAUGUUCCCAAUGAGUCCCAAAUGUUUGGAGUCCCAGUUUGCAGCCAUUAAUCCGGAAGCUGUAUCUGGUUCUUACGCAUCUCAAAGCAGGAAAGAUCAGGACCAAAGUCACUUUGCUCCCACGUUCCAGGAGGAAACAGCCCAAUUGGCCAGUCAGCACACUCCUAUGAAACACUUUGGUCAAGCCUGCAAGGUGUCCACAUGUGAGACUUUGGGAGUUUGUGGCUUUCACGUGAACCCUAACUCCAGACUUCUGUUACUCAUCAGGAAUCUACAAGUUUGUGGGCCAGGCUCUUGUUGCCAUUAUGGGUUUGGAAAGCACUUUAUCUGAAUCAGGCAUGCGUUGGGACAUCAGCAGCACUUCCUGAUCAAAUUUGGGAUCCAGAGACUUCAAGCACCUGUGGGAUUCAUUGAUUGAAUCUUGCAGUAGAAACUUGUUUUCCCAAAUCCACAAAGCCUUAGCCCUGGUUCUCAAUAGAAUCAUGCAAGGUCCUAGAAGUAUGUAAUUUUACCCAGCCUGAAAUACUGGAGGCCAGACCUGUGUAGCUAAAAGAAUUCUGGCCUAAGAAUUAAGAGACCUGAGAUCCAGUCUCAGAUGUGUGGCCAUGGAAAAGACCUGGGCCUUUGUGAGCCUCAGUCUCCUCAUCUGUAAAAUGAGGCUAAAUGAAAUGACACUGAGGGCCCUUUGGGCUGCUGAGGUUCUGGGGUUUGAUUUAGUUACUGAACGUUAGACAUCGCUUUUCUGGCUAGAAAGAUGACUCUCUAGCUGCAAGUGGCUGGAUCCUGUUUUUUUGUGGUACACCUGGCCCUUUCCAAGAGGGAUGUGUCAGUCGCUAGUUGGCCCUGCCUUUAAAGAAACAAGUAUGUAUAUUCCUGGGACUCAGCGAUACCAACUGCCUUUUUGAAGUAAGGGUUGAACUUGAAAAGAAUGGUUCUUGUGAGAGCAGGCAGGUGAGAUGACUAGGAUCUUGUAUGACUUCCUCCCAUCCCUGUGAAUCUGGUGGUAUAUUGUAAAGCUGGCAGCAGGGAAUGGUUCAAUUACUUGGGAUUCUGAAAUGCUGGUCUCUGGAAAUGAAUACAAAGGCAGGUUAUUGCUGGGUCACUUCUGGGGCCCCUGCCCUCCCAAACCCACUUGAGUAUGUCUCUCUGAUGUGGGUGGGCACACUUAAAUCUGUCCAGCCAGACUGAAUGUUCUGCAUUUCAACACGUUAGACCCUUCCUGUCAAGAAUUCAGCCUUUGCCCAAGCAUCAAACGAGGUGGUUCAUCUCAUGGCUUUUGACCUAUUUCCUUUCCUAUUCAUUCCAUGUAAAUUAUGAUGUUAAAAAGUGAUAAGUACUAUGUGUUGUGUGUGUACCUUCUCUGUGCACUUAUUAGGCUACAAGGCAAGGUGGACAGCUCAGGAAGAGAACAGUACACUGGAAUUCAAAGGCCAGUCUGUUGCAAAUAAGCUGUUCAUCUUUAUAGCACUUCUGAAAUUGUCUGGAGAAGUUGUUGGUGGGAAUUACCUCAUUAGUGCCAAUUCUAGGGAAAGCUCUUUUCACCAUAGGUACUAACCCUAUAGGGACCUGGCUGAGCUAGAAGUGCCAACAGGCACACCUCUGGCUGCCUCUAGUUCCGUCUAAUGAUGAUGUGACUAGCAUUGCUGAAGAGAGCUAAAUAGAACAAGUGGAGUGGCUAAUGUAGAUAGAGGGUUUGGAAUCCAUCUGCCUGGAGCAGAAAUUAGUUAGAGGCUUUCUUAGGUACCAAACAGGAAAAAGAGAUUAAAAAAUAGAAAAAAGCUAGACAGAGAAAAAUAAAUUGCUCAGCUCUACCAAGUUUCCAAGUUUGAAACUCUGCAUUGCAUUCCAUUGCCUUUGUCUGUGUGACUUCACGUAGGGGUGGCCAAGCUCACCUAGAGAAUUAUCUGAGACCAGGAAGAAUGUUGUUCAGGCCUUUGUAGUUGGACCAAGGAGCUAUUUCUUUCAGCUUCUGAAAGGAGUUAUAGCCAGAGUUUGUUUGCCUGCUUUCUGGAACUGCUGCUUUGUUUUGAUUCCAAAGAGAGAUCCAAUAGUUCUGGCACCUCAGGAGUUUGAACCAAGCUGCAAAGCCAAGACCUCCCUGGGUGAAAAUCAAGGCAGCCUGUGAGGCUUCACCAGGCAUUUCCAUUGUUUCCCCAGUAGGGGGGCUGGAAUGACCAAGGGAGCACACUGGGAGCCUUACUCAGUGUUGGAGGCACACUGAUAGCACAGCAGAGAACAGCGGGAGAAUGGGGAGUGUUUUCCUACAUUUAGGAAAAAAGCUCUGGCCCAUUUCAGAGGCGCCUGAAAAUGCACUUUUCCCAAAAUUCAAGGUAGUGUAGUGUAGGGAAGGAGACUGGAGUCCCAGCUGUACCUUGCUGUGUGGCAUUGGUUGAGCCACUGAAUCAUCACACCCUGACCCUGAGUCCUCCAUUUCCAGCGUCAAGCAUCCUGCCACUGGGACACUGUACUCCAUCAUACUGGAGGCUGCUGCCCUCACCCCCCAAUCUGGGUUAUUCAGGAAAUUUAGGUCUGAAUGAAUUGGCACCUAAAGCUUCCAAAUGAAUCUGUAAAUAUAGGUAACAUGGGGGUUUUCUUCCUCCUUCCUCCCCUAUACUACCGCACAGAAAAGGGUUCCUCUUCCUGGAACCCUGUUCUACCUUCACAGGGAGAGGCUGAAAUCUACAGAAAGAAAUAUACAGAAACUGCCAGAAGUGCAACCCUGGCUUCCUCUUACUUGCUUGUGGCCAAGGUGGCUUUAUCUCCCUCAUACUUCAUCCUGCUUUCACAGGGAGCAACCUGUAGUUAAGUUUACAAACACUUCAGCUUACAAGAUACAUUGUUUGCCAAAAAGCUGCGGGGCAAUAAGAAGUAUUUUCCCCAAAUUCCUGUGAGACAUUCAGCCUUUCAGAAUUCUCCUGGUGGGCAAUUUCUUAAAUGCCAUCUGAUUCUCAGAUCAGUCAUGGGAUUCCGUUUGUAUUUGGGUAGGCAAAAACUAGUACUGUGCGGCAUUAAAGUUUUCAACUUUUAAGGUUUUCCUUUGAAACCUCUUUCAUUUAGGAAGAAAAAUGUUAGCUAAUGUGUAAGUGUGCUGUCCUGUGGCAUGAAAGGUGUGGAGAUGCCAAACAAACAUUUUGACUGUUCAGAAAUGUCAGUUCUCACGCCUCUGUAUUGGGAUGCUAAUUUUGUAACUCUAAAGUCAAUUCCUUUCUGCUCUCCUGACUCAGAAGUGGUUGCUUGAAAUGCUAGGAGCAGCAGCAUCAGUCAGAUAGUCCUCAGUAGAAGCUGCUCCACGGGGAGGCCCAGUGUGAUUUGUGGAUGAAGAUCCUGGUGAUGAGUCUACUGUUUGCCAAUUGGUUGCUUUUCCUUCCAUCUUACUGGGCAGUGUGUUCAGUUGGGCAGCCAGCCAGCUGCCCUUGGGGCUUGUGGAUGUGCCUCGCCUCUGCACAUCAGGUGGGACCCUGUUACAAGUGAAAUACUUGAACCUUCUCUGGAGCCAACAGCCUCUGACACCACUCUGAUGGGUGGGAGGUGGGCUAACUUUCUGACCAGGUUGGGGCACCAUUUCAGCCACUGGUCACAUUCCUCACUUCAAACUGAAAUUCAGUUUGGCUUUGAGUAUAGGGACACAUGGUGGUGGAUUCAUCUACUUCAGUGUUUGUUUUGACCAAAAGUUUAUUUUUCUAGUGCAUUUUCUAAGUCAAAGUGGUGAAAACAUGUAAUUUUAGCAUGCAUGACCAAGUCUUAAACAAUAAAAAUCCCUGUAAGGUUGA